AGGGUGAGGAGUUGAAAGCGCCGUCCAACACGUGAGGCUCAUGUGACGGAGGAGAGGCAGUUUCUCUCUCAGGGAGAGAGAGAGACGUGCCUGCAGUCACAGGGUUUAUUUAACACGUAGUCACCAACCCACCCAGCUCUCACACAUCGCGCGGGGCGUGGAGCUUUCCUCGGCAUACUAACGAGCCCCGACCUUAGGGUGACAGCACUCUAGACCGCGACCAGCUUCAGCGUGCAGCAGGAUCACACAGGAGGAAGCGUGCUACUUCUUCUUCUUUUUUUGUUAUUCUUUACUUUUUUUCGCCCUCUGCCUUCCUUUUUUUUUGUUGUUUUAAGGAGCGAGCGCUUUUCAGGUUAUUUUUUCGCCCGUCAAUAAAGCGACAUGGAGCGGAUUACAAGUGCGCAACCACCUCCUUAUGUUCCGAAACACGCAUCAAUGGACAUACCUGACAUGAGCCGACUAGAAUAUCCUAUUUAUAUGUGCAAAAGCAGGAGGGGUGUGAAGGGCAGAGAUGAAUGCAAGGAGACUUACAAGUUGCCACACAGACUGAUCGAAAAGAAACGACGGGACAGAAUAAAUGAAUGCAUUGCCCAGUUGAAGGACCUGUUGCCAGAACAUCUUAAGCUUACAACGCUGGGUCAUCUGGAGAAAGCCGUGGUGCUGGAACUCACACUGAAGCAUGUGAAAACUCUGAGCGCCGUCCUGGAGCAACAACAGCAGAAAAUAAUGGCGCUCCAGAAAGACCUGCAGAUCGGUGAUAAUGUAGGAGAUGGUGUUGAGACCAGUGAGGAGAUGUUCCGCUCUGGCUUUCACCUCUGUGCCAGAGAAGUCCUCCAUUACAUGGCGAGUCAAGAGACCACCAGGGAUCUGACCCCCUCACACGUCAUCAGUCACAUCCAGAAGGUGGCGGCUGAAGUUCUCCACAACGGAAGCAGCCCUCAACCCGACAGGUCCUCCCCCCGAGAGUCUGAUGAGGCAAAGAGGCCAGUUGGGCAGCCGUCGGCGUCAUCCGAGGCCCCGGCUAGGAACUGCGUCCCGGUCAUCCAACGGACUUUCCACCACGGGACGGGGGAGCAGAGUGGCAGCGAUACGGACACUGACAGCGGCUACGGGGGAGAACACGACAAGCCUAAAGCCCAGUGGUCGGAAAACGAGAGGGAGGGCGAGGCAAAGCCUCCCGCGUCUGAGCGGAUGGUCGGUGUCGUCAAGCAGGAAGGCGACCAGCCCCGGGCAAAGAGGUUAAGAGUGGACUCGGAGGAUGAGAUGCUCUCCUUUCACCCAGCGGGAGCUCCUGGCAGUUAUGUAAACCUCUCCCCCAACCAGCCCCCUUUUUGCCUCCCCUUCUACCUCAUCCCCCCAUCGACGGCAGCCGCGGCAUACCUCCCGAUGCUGGAAAAAUGCUGGUACCCUGGCAGCAUGCCCAUCAUGUACCCGGGCCUGGCUGGUCCCACAUCAGGCCUGCCCUCAGAGCCGUUGCCCUCAUCUCUGUUGAUGUCUCCGAGGGCAGGGUCUCCGGUGGCCCACCGCAUCCCAAUGGAUUCUCCCACUCUCCACAAAGCUUUAAGGCAGGUCUCUCCUUUGAACUUGGAAGCCAAAGACUGAACAGAUGGUUCACCUAUCAGCUUUGGCCCACUGAAUGUUGAACCAGAGGGUACAGUGUUGACCCUCCUUGGUAACUUGGCCCCUCAGAGCAGGACCCUUUAAGGUCAACACUGUCAGACAUUGACCCUCGGACUAUUUUUGAGGCUCAUAUUAAAGACUCUGUACAACCCCUUCAACACUGUGAAGUCGGUCAUCUUAAAGAGCGCACAAGAGAUUUCAAAGGUUUAUACUUUUUUUGACUCCAGAAGUGAUGAAUGUCAGAGGAAACCCCAGAAUGUACCCUAUAUUCCUCCUUUUAUUUCUUGUCCCAAAUCAAUUUGGACCUGUGUUGUUGUUCCCCACCCCUGUAAUGAAUGUAAGGAUGUAUAAAGAAGAAAAUAAUAAUAAAAUCUCCUGUGAAUGCUGCUGUA